UCGUGGGUUUCAUGUGUGAGAGAAAGGACUGGGAUAGACAACGUGAGAGAGAGAGAGAGAGAGAGAGAGAGAGAGAGAGAGAGAGAGAGAGAGAGAGAGAGAGAGAGAGAGAGAGAGAGAGAGAGAGAGAGAGAGAGAUAGAGAGAGAGAGAGGGAGAGAGAGAGAGAGAGAGAGAGAGAGGAGAGAGAGAGAGAGAGAGAGAGAGAGAGAGAGAGAGAGAGAGAGAGAGAGAGAGAGAGAUAGAAAGGAGGGAUAGAGAGAGAGAGAGAGAGAGGGAGAGAG